AUGAACGUGGAAUUGACUAAUCAUCAGCUGGCAGCUCUCAAUGCAAAAAUGCCGUCUUUCUUCAUCCUUAAGCAAACUGUUAACAAAGGAUUGCCACCUAGACCGUCAAAGCAGCGCAAAUCUGAAGUGGACAACAUGGACUUGGAUAUUGUUUAUGAACCUCAAGUUGCGGAAUCUCGCCCACAACGCAACAAGAAGAAGAUAGAGUUUGACGAGAUUGAUUCAGGACAAAAACAAAGCGAGCCUUCCAAAAAAAUUCAGAAAAUUCUGCAGACAAUAAAAAGGCAUCCUAUGGCAGAACCUUUCUUACACCCUGUUGAUCCCAAGCAAGUUCCAGACUAUUACAGCGUGAUUCAGGAUCCUAUGGAUUUGGAGACAGUAGAAAGGAAGCUCAAAAGUGGGGAAUACGAAACUGGCUAUCAAUUUGCAAUGGAUAUGCGCCUUAUUUGGAGCAAUUCGUUUUAUUAUAAUGCUAACGGCUCUGAAUUGUAUCACAUGACUAUGACACUCAGUGCUGAAUUCGAGAAACUUAUGAAAGGCAAUGAAAGCUUAGUUUUGGUUGAUAAAAAAGAUAUUAUUCAGGAUUUGUAUAAAAAACUAGAAAAACUGUCCAAAGGCAUGAAAGAUCUUCAAACAGGCAAAGUUCAAGCUCAGCCGCCAAAGCCUGCUUCUCCGCCUAAGCCUCCACUUGAAAAACCUAUGAGUUUGCAAGAUAAAAAAGCCCUCUGCAACAGCAUUAAGAAGCUUGAUCCUAAAUAUCUGAGGGGAGUUUUAGAUAUUGUUCAAGAAUGUAUGGAUAUCCAAGGGGAAGAGCUAGAAUUUGACAUAGAUAAGCUGGGCUAUAGCCGUUUAAACAAGUGAAGUCAGGCUAGGAAAACUUGUGAAGAUCACCCAUAAUGUCACCAGUCAGACAAAUAAAGGCAAAUUAACGUCCCUGCAGAGGUAGCGAAGCAUAAUAAACCAUAUAUUAAGCUAAGUUAGACAUAGAUAAGCUCCCUUCAAAAGUAUGCAGAGAACUAGACAAGUAUGUGAGAAAUUGCUUACAAAACGCAAAUCGCACACACAAGAAGAGUAAACCCCAAGUGGUGAACAUAAAUGGAAUUAAAAAUGCUCAAGAAAUCACUUCUAAUAGGCUGACAGAUUUAGACUCACAGUUGCAUGAACUGGCUCAAAAGUCAAGAACUGAAGUUCCAGCACAGCCAGAGCCGAAAGAUGAAGAGUCUGAGAGUGAAAGUUCUUCAUCAAGCGAAAGCGAGGAAGAUGACAUGCCAAUGCCGGCGCAUGAUAUUGAUGCAUAUCAUCAGUAUCCUAACCAAAUGGGUACAGACUCAAUGUGAAGCAUGUUCCGUGACAAUAAUAUUGAUACGUAUCAAGAUUUUUCUACUGGUACCUUUUCAACGAUGAUGGAUUUUGAUAAAAAUGAUGCAUUCAAAUAA